UCUUCUCUCUCUUCUUAUUCUUUUUGUUCUUCUCUUUCUCUUUGCUGGGCCUUUUUUCUGGUGUCUGCUAUCGUUUUCAAUUCGUUUUUACUAACAUGUCUCCCUUCUCCAGUCUUCUCUUCUCCUAUUUCCAUAUUCCUUAGUUUCUGAUGGAAGAACAAAUCGAUCCUACUUUUAGAGACGACAACUUGUCAGUGAUGAAUCCUUCUGAUUUUGAAGAUGUUGCUGCUGCUGCUGUAGCUGCUGCCAAAAUUUCCAGAGUCUCGUCUGCUUCUCUUUCUGUCACCAUGAAUGCUUCUCGCCUAGUCAAGGAACUCUCCAACAGUAAUGAUAGUGGUAAUGACGACGAUAAUGAUAACCUGGAUCAAAUUCUUCCCAAUCAAAAUUUAAACUCAAACCAUAAUAAGAAUAACACCAAUACUGAUAGUAGGAAUAAUGCCAUUAAUAACAGCAACGAUGAUAAUAAUAAUAAUGAUAAUGAUAAUAAUAAUACUAAUGUUAAUGAUCACGAUAUUGAUUUAAACGAUAAUUCUGAUUUCAAUGAUGCUAAUAUUGGCUUGGAAAUCGAGAAACAUUCAGAAUCUCAGAAAAAUUUGAAUGUUAAUAACAACAAUAAUAGCAGUAAUAACAAUCAAAAUAACCGAAACCAAAAUAACGGUAUUCAUGAAGAUAUCGCUAAUGAAAUGAAUAAACUCAAUAAUUUGAAUGGUAAUAUUGAUAAUAAUCUUGGUUUUAAUACUAAUCAAAACGAAAACAGUAAUAAUAAUUCUAACAAUAAUAACAAUUUCAAGAAAAACUCUCACAAUAACAAUAAUAACUCAAAUAACUCAAAUGGCUUGAAAAAUGCAAAUAAUUCCAACAACAGCUCUACAAUAAAUUCUCAAAACAAUAAAAAUAACACCAAUAAUAAUCAUGAUAAUGAUAAUAAUAAUGGUAUUAGUAACAAUUCCAAUGGUUCUAAUAACAAUAACAGUAAUAAUAAUAAUAGUAAUAAUAACAAUAAUAACAAUAAUAACAAUAAUAACAAUAAUAACAAUAAUAAUAGUAAUAGUAAUAGUAAUAAUAACGAGGAUAAUCAAAAUGAAGACAAUGAUCAUGAUAUGACUUCAAAUAGCAUCACUGAUAAUAUUCCAAACAUGGACUCUUUUCAGUCUGCUAUUUCUAAAUUAUCAAAUUCAACGGAUUUAAACUCUUUAACAAGUUUGGCUGAUUUCAAUGCCAACUCAAUAAAAAUCUCAGUUGGAAAUUCAAAUUCCAACUCCAAUAGAAAUCAAGUUAACGACUCAAAUAUUAAUUCAAAUGGUAAUCAUAGUUCAGAUUCAAACUCAAACUCAAACUCAAACUCAAACUCAAACUCAAACUCAAAUUCAAAUUCAAAUUCAAAUUCUAAUAUUAAUUCUAAUUCAAUCUCUAACAGAAAUAAAAAUCAAAUUUCAAACAAUGCUAAUAACUCAAAUAGCUCAAAUAAUUCAAACAAUUCAGAAACCAACAGAGCUUUGAGCCAAAUAUCAAACCCAAGCACUAGAAAUGCUAUUAUAUCAUCCCUAGUCAAUUCUUUCCAAAACAGUAAUACAGGCGAUAACGUUAAUCACAGCAAUACUUUAACAAACCUCGGCAGUCUUUCCAAUAUCAGUCUUACUGGUGGGCUAGCAAAUGGGCUUAACAUUCAAGAUAUAAACCAACCCAAUAACCAUUCUCAAAUGUUAACCAAUAUGAGUCAAAACAAAAUAAUUAAACCGUUAAAUUCCUCAAAGAGAGCUCAGCAAAAUAGGAAUGCUCAAAGAGCUUUUAGACUAAGAAAAGAGCAGUAUAUUAAGGAUCUAGAAGCUCAAGUUUCAAGAGUUAAAUCUUUAGAAGAUCAAAUUCAAUUUUUAAAGGAAGAAAAUAAACAGUUGAAAGAUUAUACAUUAGCUUUACAAGCAAAAUUACUAAAUGAUGUUCCUCAAACUCUAGAUAUUAAUUCAAGAAAAUGAUCCUUUAUGCUUAAUAUAUAUACAUAUUUAAAUUUUAUAGUAAACAUUUUUUUUCUUGUAUUACCAUUAUUAAAUUUUUUAUGUUUUCC